AUGACGACCACAAAUCUCGUCUCCGAGGUCACCAUUACCUCCUCAAUAGCAGCCAACCCCAUCCCGCCAACGCCAUUCAUCCCCGACUCGGGAAACCUCUUCCCCAAAUGGCCUUCCCAACUUGACGUUGACAGCUGGGAUGAAUGGCAGUUCCAAGCCCUGUCAGCCGAUGGAAGCAUUGCUCUCGUCGUUGUCUUCUUCCGUCACACAAUCAAUGCCCCGGCAGGGUUCCGCGUCGGCAUCAACGCCAGCUGGGCAGGCUCCAACAACAAUGGCGAGGAGAAGGAAGAAGCAGUGUGGUGCGGCCCCGUGAUGCUCCCAUGCUCGACUAUCACAUCCGACACAGCACAUACCACCGGUGUCUGGAGGACAGAGAACGGUAGCGAGAGCAUCAGUUUCGAAAUAUCCACCGAUCUCUCUGGCGCUCUCGUAACUCUCAAUGUUCCCGGCAAAGUAACCGGGACCCUUACGCUCACAUCCCAUAACUUCCAUAGCCUCCCACAGACCGAAGCCGAGGCGAAAGGUUCCGUCUUCUGGUGGCUGCGCCCCAUCGCUAUGGCGGGCGUCGACGCCGAUCUAACCUUCUUUUCACAGCAGAAGGGGACGAUAGAGAAGGGGAUGGGUGGGUACGAGAGAGAUGGGCGGGAGCUCAAGCUGAGGGCUGAGGAGGGUGCGUUUGGCACUUUCGAGCGGGCGUGGGCAGUGAGCCCGCCGCAUAAGACCAUCUCGCACAACUGGAUCCUUUGGGGGAAGGCGGGGGGGUAUUUGAUUCAGGUUAUUUGGAUGAUGGGGAGGCCAGCAGAGGAAGGGGUAUUGUCGGGGUCGGGGAGGCUGUAUCAUGAUGGGGAGUUGGUGUGUCAGACCGAGAGAGCGGUUGCUGCUGCCGAGGGAGAGGGGGAGGCGUUUACGUUGGAGUAUAUCCACGGAGAUGGCAUUACUGGUGCUUUUCGGCCCAAGAAUGUCGGGCAUCGAAUCGUUUUCGAGGCAGGUGAGAAGAGGUGGGAGUUUGAAUUCUGCCAUGAGAGGCUGUGGUAUGAAAUGCCCCUAGGACCCCCGCGACCAGACGUUACUGGUCUUUCUGGGUUUGUGGUCUCCGUGUCGGGUGGGCUUGUAGGUUCUGCAGAGAAAGUUCAGGGCCCGGGGAUGGUGGGUGGUGGGAUAAUGCCUUAG